AUGCCUUCCAAUCUGCGCCGACUCGCGGCAGACCAUGCUGCCCUGCAUGGCGACAACCUCCCGCCGUAUUACCUGUUGCCGCCGGACGAUGGCCGUUUUGCUGCGGCCGACGACCUAUCGCAGUUGACGGUCCUUCUGACUGGCCCGACCGGUACACCGUACUCACAGGGCCUAUGGCGACUUCAUCUCAAGAUGCCGGAGGACUAUCCGAACAGCCCGCCCAAGGCGAUGUUCCGAACACGCAUAUGGCAUCCUAAUGUGGAGGAGAUGACGGGUGCGGUGUGUGUGGAUACACUCAAGAGAGACUGGCAGUCAAAGUUGACCCUUCGCGAUGUGCUUAUUACCAUCUCCUGCCUUCUGAUCAACCCCAACCCUGACUCGGCCCUCAACGCAUCAGCAGGCACCCUGCUCCGAGAAGAAUUCGAUGCUUUCUCCCACCAAGCGAAACUGAUGACCUCCAUUCAUGCCCCAAUCCCACCGGACCUCAAGGACUCCGUCACGGAAGCCAAGAACAGGGGCGAAGACGCCAGUUCAAUACGCCCCGAGGAAGAUACAUCCACCCAACGUCCACGAAAACAACAACGCCUACACCCAGGCACAAUUAAGAAAUCAAUCCACAAACCCAACCCAUCCGACGACAUAAGCGACAGCGAAAACGAAGACCCAGCCAGCGCGAGCAAAGAAAACAAUCCUUCCCUCUCCUCCUCCCCCGUCCGCCUCACACCCCCAAGCCCGCGCAAGAGCACACUCGGAAAACGCCCCCUCUCCGUCCUUACAAUGCCCUACCCCGAAGAUCCAGACGCGGACAUGAUGCUGGUCGACUCCGACUCCGACUCCGAGCACGAGCGGGGCCUGACAAAGAGUUCCUCAGAACAAAACAUCAGCGCAAACACCCGUACCCGCGCCUCCGUCUCGCCUCAGCGCAAAUCCCCGAAACUCACACUCAACAAUGGUGGCAACGCUUCCUUCCGACUGCGCGACGAUCUGCAAAUCUACGAGGAUGUGCCGGACCGCACACUGGCGGAAUUUUCGCGCCGCUUCAGUGGUGACGGGAAGGAGAACUGCACUGAGGCGAGUGGCGGCUUGAAGGACAAGACAGAAUCGCAGGACAAAGCGACUGGUACCAAUCCUCUGGCUGGUCAGAUCCAGGGUCUUUCAAUGAAGUCACCGGUGAACUCGAAUCUCUCCCGCGUCUUGAAGAAGGUUGUCGGAGGUCCACGCAAGGCCACUGCGCCAAAGGCCAAGCCUCGUAUUGGAGUUCGGCGUCUGUGA